UCGAAAACACCAUUGUACUUUCCAUCUCUGGAACAAGAGUAACAAGACCAAAAAAGCAAUAACUUCGAAAACCCUAGUUUCCUCAUUAGACUUUCUUAGACUUCUCUUUAUGACUCGUCGUCUUCUCCUUUCUAGGGUUUCAUGUUCUUCAAGGUUUUGAUGUCUUAUACAUGGAUAGCAUCUCUCUUUUCUCAGGCGGUUUUCCAUAUGUGUCCUUCUAUAUAGUAGCAGUUAUAACUGCAUUCUGUUGCUUGUGCGCUUUGUGGGCGCUUCGGUUGUCGCCCUUGAUCAUUCUCUUGAAGGUGAAACGGAAGGAAUCUGACGGAGGCUACAGUACAGAGAAUUCGUUGAAGAAGAAGGCCUGUGGUUGUAAUUGUUCUUGUGGUAGGAGUGGUGAAGGUUCCGAUUCUACUCUUUCCUGUGCUCCAUACCCCAACGGUAGCGUCGGAAAUAUGCACGAGAGAGCUCCUGUGGUGGUUGAGCGGCAGUCCGGGGCUUCAAUGAUGGAGCUGUUAGUACCGGAGAUCACAACCCAUGCGCUCAGUUACUUGGAUUAUCCGAGCCUCUGCCGUCUUUCGAUGACGAAUUCAUCCAUGAGGAGGGCUGCCAAUGAUGAUAACGCCUGGAAAGCUCUUUAUCACAAGGACUUCACUGUGGAACAAGUCAAAAUUACACCACUAAAUGGGUGGAAGGCAUAUUAUGCAUCUACAAGAGCUGUUGUGAAUGUCAAUGCAGAGUUCUAUAAUAUCAUCAGACAAAGGUUACUUCCAGCGAUGAGUUGUCUAUGGCUUAAUGCUGAUUAUGUGAAGUGCAUUCAUAGCUCUGGGGAGUUCUUCACAGGGUAUAUUCCUUCCAGGUAUGAUGCAGUUAUGGAGAGUUGGCAGCUUGCGUUCAAUUGGGCAGAGGUUGCCUUUCAGAUUCGGGAUGUGCGUGCUCGGGUGCUGACAGACAUGGCUUGGGUCACGAUGAAAGCCUAUGUGGACAUGGAAACUGGGUUAUUUAAUGUCACCAAUGUGUAUGAGUUCCACAAUGGGCAGUGGUACAUGGUUCACCAUCACUACUCUAUAAUGCCCACUGCUUGGGUGGCGGAUCACCAAAAUAUGUUCGCGUAAAAGAAGAGUUAAUGGAAGGAUAUAAUAAGUUAGAAAUAUAUAUACACAUAUAGUGGACUUUGUUAUUAGGCCAUCAGUUGUUUCUAUUUGUUCUGCCUUGAUUUUUUUCAUAUUUGAGUUUCUUCAGUAAAUAUCCAUUGUAUUUUCUCUGCC